AUGGAGCUUGAAGGUGUUGAUGCUAUAUUAGCACAAAACAAAUUGAUGCAUCAACAAAUCCAACAACAAAUGGAAAUGAUGGCGAAUAGAAUAGAUGGCCUCCAAUUAGCCUCAAUGAGUACAAUAAGUCAACAUUCAAUUGAAUGGGGCCAAGGUGAAGUAGGCAAUGUUGAGCAGCAACAAGAACAAGUUCAAUACAUGCAGAAUGCUUCAAAUUCUUCUCAGAAUGAAUUCCAUGGUGACACAUACAACUCAUCCUGGAGGAACCACCCCAACCUGAAGUGGGGUGAGAAUCAAAAUCAGUGGCAAAAGAACAACAACUCCAACCACUCCCGCAACACAAACAACCAAAAUCAUUCAUCUAACAAUACUAACCAAUACAAGAAACCACAAAACACAUAUCAACCACACCACAACAAUUCACAAAUUCACCAAAAUAACUUCUCCACACCACCAUUCAACUCACAAAAUGCCCACUUCAAUGCUUCUAACAACUUCCAGCCACAACAAUCACACCCUAUCAUACUACCCAUUGACCAUCAUGAAACCAGGAUCUCAAGUCUUGAAGCAGCCUUGCAAGCCCUUACCCAAAACACACAGUCACUUACCCAGACCACUCAAGGUUUAGCCAAGGGGCAGGAGACCUUGAUCAAAGGACAAGAGAGACAUGAAGAAACCAUGAAGAGCCUUGAGCGGCAAAAGUUCUCUCUUCAGGAAGCAAUAAAGUCUAAAGAAGAGGAGAAGAUAGACAAUAGGAAGGAUGAAACAGCAUUAACCUCCAAGAAAGGCAAUGAGACUUUGAAGCCACAACAAGAUGACAAGAAAGAAGGUGUAAAGCCCUAUGCACCCAAACUUCCCUACCCACAGAGGUUACACAAGGAAACAAGGGACCAACAAUUCCCAAAAUUCUUGAAAAUCUUUAAGAAACUUGAAAUCAACAUUCCAUUGGCCGAAGCUUUGGAGCAAAUGCCAUUAUAUGCGAAGUUCCUUAAAGAAUUGAUCACCAAGAAGAGAAGCUGGCAGGAGAAAGAAACCGUGGUUCUUACUCAAGAGUGUAGUGCCAUCAUUCAAAAGGGACUUCCACCAAAACUCAAGGAUCCAUGCAGCUUCCUUAUACCAUGCACAAUUGGGAACAUGGCCAUUGAUAAAUCACUUUGUGACCUGGGAGUAAGCAUCAACUUAAUGCCUCUUGCUAUGAUGAAGAAAUUGAUGAUAGAAGAGGUUAAACCUACAAGGAUGUCACUACAACUUGCUGACAGAUCCCUCAAAAUACCAAAUGGAGUAGUGGAAAAUCUCUUGGUGAAAGUGGGAAAUUUUAUAUUCCCAGCCGACUUUGUAUUCUUGGACAUGGAUGAAGAGGGGAGUAACUCGGUCAUUCUUGGUAGACCUUUUCUGGCCACUGCCAGGGCAAUUAUUGAUGUUGAGAAAGGAGAAAUAGUUCUCAGGAUACAUGAGGAGCAAAUGGUUAUCAAUGUCUUUAAGGCCAUGCAAUACCCUGCAGAGAAAGAGAAUUGCAUGAGAGUUGAUGUGGUGGACACUUUAGUUGAAGAAGUUCUUGUAGCGAACCAACCAGAGGAAAUCAAAGACAUACAAGAGGGAGAUUAUGAAGAAACACAAGCACUGGAAGAACCAAUCGAAGCCAAGAGUGAACGUGCAUCACAAUAA